GCGGGGGGGGGGGUGCGUGGGAAAGCUGGUUUCUCAUGAUGAACAGAGGAGGAAGAAGAGGAAGAGGCGCGCGGCGAGAAGCAGAUAAAGGCCAUAAAGAGUCCUCGUGACCGCGGCUGUUUUAACGGCACGGUCACGAGCGCAGGUGGAGGUGUGCUCAGGUGCACGCGGAGGGAGAAGGACGUUCGAAGCGCAGCUCACUUCACCUGCAGACCAGGUGAGCGCGGGCACGCAGGCGAGCUGGAUCCGCAGUAUGCUGAGGGAGCCCCCACCCCCGGGAAGAUGUACGUCAGUUACCUGCAGCUGGACAAGGAGCCCCCCAUGUACGCGCACCAGAGCCCGGUGAGCCGCCACCCGGGGCUCAGCCUCAGCCCGCAGAGCUUCCCGGUGCCCCCCCCGCAGUACUCGGACUUCCCGAGCUACCACCACCACCACCCGGGGCUCAGCGUCGACCCCUCCCAGCAGGCCGGCCCGGGCCCCGGCGGCUGGAGCCCGGCGUACCCGCCCCCCCCUGCGCCCACGCGCGAUGACUGGUCCUCCCAUCACUACACGGCGGGGGGGCCCCCGGGGGCCUCCGCCGUGACGGGGCCCUCACUGGGCUUCAGCCCCCCGGAUUUCCCCGGGCAGCCCCCCUCGCUGCUGCCCCCCUCCCUGAAUGCCACGGUCGGACAGCUGUCCCCCGGCUCCCCCCGCAGGAGGAACCCGUACGACUGGAUCCGAACCUCUGCGCCGCCCAGCAACCCGAACGGGAAGACACGAACCAAGGAUAAGUACCGGGUGGUGUACACGGACCACCAGCGGCUGGAGCUGGAGAAGGAGUUCCACUACAGCAAAUACAUCACCAUCCGUCGGAAGGCGGAGCUCGCCACGGCGCUGAGCCUGUCAGAGAGACAGGUGAAGAUCUGGUUCCAGAACCGACGGGCCAAAGAGCGCAAAAUCAACAAGAAGAAGCUCCAGCAGCCCGCCUCCUCUACAACCACACCCACCCCGCCCGCCGGAAACGGGGGAGGAACCGGUGGGGCCGGCAUCCACGGAAACAGCAGCAGCAGCGUUGCCAUGGUGACAAGCAGCAGCGGCAACAACGGGCUGGUGUCCCCGUCUUCUCUGGCGCUGAACAUCAAGGAGGAGUUCUGAGGACACGCUGGGUCUAGAAUCUGGACAGCAGAGUCUCCACGGUGAACUGUGGAGGUCAUCUGAGACCAAAGAAAAAAACACUGAUGUCAAAAGCCAGCACGUGAGGAGCGCGCUUGGUCUUCACCACUCCUUCUACACCAGACUCCAGUCCUUCUCACCCUCAGGGUUCUGCGAGCUUCUGCAAAAAUCCAUAGCCUCUUAUUCACUUUAUGAAUGGAGCUGGAGGAGUAGAGUGGUGCUGCAUCUCCUCCUCUACGACAUGAUCACAUGCUCCUCUAUCAGCUGAAGCUCUUCCCUAUGAGCGCCAUCGUUUACACUCCGAUCACCAGGACGAUGUGGAGCAUCCGUGAUCAAUUGCUUUAGUCUGAUUCAGGGAAGGAAAGAAAGUUCUCAGAUUGUUUCAUCUUCUGCCUUUUUCUGGAAACCUUCAUAUUCAGCAGUACAUUUCUAGACAGAGCUUCAGCUGCUCCUCGAAGCUUCAGAGACACAAUAAACAACAGCUUUUUUAUUCUUUUGACAACGUCAGACUCAACCAAGGACUGUCUGAGGAACCCAGGAACCUCCAACGUACUUCUCCCGCUGCUCUACUGAUGUUUUCUUGAAGUUCUUCUCUUUCUCCUGAUGAUGUUUCCCUGAUAUUAUCCUGAGGGUCUCCUGCUGUUCUCCUGACGGUCUUCAGAUGUUCUCCUGAUGGUCUUCAGAUGUUCUGCUGCUGCUGGAGAACGUGAUCAGCUACUGAAAUGGUGGAUCUGAGAGGAAUCUGUUGACCAAACUGGAUCAAAUUCACAAAGAAGCUUCUGUCCUUUCCAAGUUUUGAUUCUUUCCUCGUUUAUUUCAUAUUCCUAAAAAAAGAAAAUGUUUUUUUUUUUUUUUUUUUUUGGUUACUUUGCUUUUGGACUUGGUGAAAGUGGAGCUUCAUCGAGUGACUCAGAUGCUCCUCCUCCUCAUGUAAUGACCUGUAAAUGUUUCUGAUUCCAUCAUAUGUAUAUCUGAAAUGUACGUUUUAUUAAAAGACAGAUCUUUAUUGUAA